CCCCCCCCCCGUCCUCCUUCUCCUUUCGCAAGUCCUAUCCCACGUCCAAUUCGUACAGGAGGAACCCAUCGGCAAGGGCAAACCCCCCCCAAGCCUCACAAUGGCCACUCCCCAAGCCGCCAGCAGCCUGGCCUCCCGCCUGCCCACGCGCCUCCGCAACUUCUUCGCCCGCUAUCCUCCGCAAAUCUAUUCCACGACCGUACGCCCACCGGUCACAAUCCCCAAGCCAUUUGCCCUUGCCCAGGCGGCGGCCGGCGCUGCCCUGAACACCACCACCACCACCACAACCACCACUACCUCCUCAACCUCCAGCAGCAGCAACACGCCAGUCACCGACGCGAUCGCCGCCUCCCACCUCCCAUCCCCAUACACCCCGAACCGCGAAGCGAAGGGCUACCAGCCGCCGGACCACAAGUACUCGGACGCGCUGCUGUGGAAGGGGCCCAAGGGCCGGCUCAACCCGUUCCUGCCGCGGAAGCUGGGCGAGCGCAAGUGGGAGGGGCCCCGGAUCAGCCUGCGCCGGCAGGCAGAGCUGGUGAAGCUGGCCCGCGAGUUCGGGGUCGAGGAGCUGCUCCCGCCCUCGCGCAAGUCCGCCGAGUACAAGGAGGCCCGCCGCGCCGAGAACCAGGGCCUGGCCGUCAAGGGUACCGGUGUCGGCCAGAAGGUCAAGGGUCACAAGUGGGAGCGCACCAUGGAGGCGCGCCUCGAGGACCGCCGCAAGGCCAUGCUCGAGAUGCCGGAGAUGGUGCGGUUGUGGAAGCAGAGAGGUCACGGUCGUGGUUGGAAGCAGUGGCCCAAGAAAUAGAGCGCUUUCCCGCCUUAAUUUCUUGUUUUGGUUCUUAUGCUCCCCCGGGUUUCCUCGCUUUUCGCCUCGGGACUCAAUUUCUCCAAACAUGGGUUGGGUCCGGAUAUUGUCGGGGGCUGACUUCUGGGGCCUGGGAUGGAUGCAGGUUACUACAUUGUCCAGACACUGCCCUCCCUUCUUCGGGUAAGGUUUGAUUGACCAUCAGCAUCAUUCGCCAUCAUCGUCAUCAUGUUUCGGAACGGGAGUUAUCUGUUUCUAUUAUGUACUGUACAAAUAGUUAUAUUGUUCUAUAUCAAGUCAUGCAUUCGAGUACCCUAUUCCA